UUGUAUAUGUGAGUUUCUACAAAGAGAAAUCAUGAACUUCAGACUCUCAUCACUGAUCCUGCUGUUACACAUUCAAGGGUCCCUAACAUUGGAUAACUUUAAUGUAACCUGUGAUAAACUGAAUAUUUGUGGUGCGAGGGGAGAACUGGUAACAGUGAGGUGCGAUUACUCAAACAUCAACAUCAAAACUGGGUUCUGGUUCAGUGAGAAACAGAGAACAAACUGGAGAAACAAAGAUGAACCUGAAGAUUUGACUUUAGAUUCAGAUUACUCAGGACGAGUGGAUCAGAUGAUCACUUACCGCUACUCACGACUAACAAUAAGAGAUCCAAGAGAGAGAGACAGUGGAGAAUAUCAGCUCAUGAUCAUUAUGAAGGAUGGAGUUAAACAUCUCAGCUCAGUCACAGUCAAUCUAACAGUUUCAGUUUUACAGGUGAAGAUGAAUCCUGAAUCUACAGGACAGCGAGUAAACCUGAGCUGUGAUUCCUCCUGCCCAAAAACAUCUGAAUAUAAGUACACCUGGUACAAGAAUGGAAAACAUUUAACAUUUGACCAAAUCUUAUUUGUGUCAUCCAGUGAAAACACUGACAGUUAUUACUGCUCUGAGUCUUAUUCAGUGUCCUCUUCAUCUGUGUGUCUUUCUAACAGUAGCUGUUGGGGUGUGACUUACACCUCUAGAAGAGUUUGUGCUUUAGUGGGAUCAACAGUAGAUAUUCACUCUUCAUACUCACAUCCCACUGGAUAUACAGUAGACAAAACAUCCUGGGAUAACCGUCGUUAUGGGGCAUUCAGAGAUCUGCUUAAGGAUCGUCAGUUUUCUGGUCGUGUGGAGUUUGUGGGAAACACACUGAGAAUCAAAGACGUCAACACGAGUGACACUGGACAUUAUCAGUUCAGGAUCAUCACUAACACAUCAGAUGUAGUUUCUAGUUCUUCUGGAGUCUAUCUUACCGUUACAGUAAAGAAAACAUACUGGUAUUAUUAUGGGGAACUCAGAGAUCUGCGUGAGGAUCAUGAGUUUGGUGGUCGUAUGGAGUAUCUGGGAAACACACUGAGAAUUAAAGACGUCAGCAUGAGAGACACUGGAAGAUAUCAGUUCAGGGUCAUCACUAACACAUCAGAUAAAGUUUCUGGUUAUCCUGGAGUCUAUCUUAUUGUUACAGAUUCAACUGACAGAAACAAUGAAGAAAUGGACAGCUCGGUGUUUGUCUCUCUGUUGGUGUUUCUGCCUCAGUUUCUCAUUAUAGGAGCUGUAUGGAUCUGUAGCUGUUGGGGUGUGACUUACACCUCUAGAAGAGUUUGUGCUUUAGUGGGAUCAACAGUAGAUAUUAACUCUUCAUACACACAUCCCACUGGAUAUACAGUAGAGAAAACAUACUGGUAUUACUAUCUUCAUGGGAAAUUUAGUGAUCUGCGUGAGGUUCAUCAGUUUGCUGGUCGUGUUGAGUUUGUGGGAAACACACUGAGAAUCAAAGAUGUCAAGAAGAGCGACUCUGGUGAAUAUCGAUUCAGAAUCAUCACUAACACAAACUCUUACUCUGGUUCACCUGGAGUCAUUCUUACUGUUACAGGUAACCUGUUUUACUAUAUGGGUUUAUAA